AUGGUUUACGACUAUUCUUACAUCAACAAGAGAGAGCAAUAUGCUUCAUUAUCACGUGUCUCUAUUCUGUCUCACAUGAAUAAAAAAAAUUCAAAAAAAGGAGCCCCCACCAUUGAAAAAGUCGGUCAUCCCUUCUCUCAAAAAAAUUCGAGCACUAUAGCGUCAUUGUUGUGCUUAAGCCUCAAAUGCCUCGAUCGAAGUAUGAACCGAGUGAUGCAGUUUCUUAAAGGUCAGAAGAAUACAGCAGGGCCACAGAAACAUCAGGCAGUGGCACUGAUGGUAGCCUCCGACCUAUCGGUCUUCUAUCGUUGCAGUUUCAAAGGUUAUCAGGAUACUCUUUUGGUACACUCACUGAGGCAAUUUUAUCGCGAUUGCCAAAUAUAUGGUACCAUUGAUUUCAUCUUCGGAGAUGCAGCAACAGUUUUUCAAAAUUGUGACAUCUUUUUAAGAAGGCCAAUGGACCACCAAGCCAACAUGAUAACUGCACAAGGAAGGGAUGAUCCGAAUCAAAACACGGGAAUUUCAAUCGUCAAUUCUCGGGUGGCGCCUACAUCUGAUUUUCAUGGUGUUAAAGGUAAUUUCAGGAAUUAUCUAGGUCGGCCGUGGAAGAAAUACUCAAGGGCUGUUUUCUUGAAUACGGAUUUAGAUGGUUUCAUUGAUCAAAAAGGGUGGAAAGAAUGGAGGGGAGAUUUUGCCCUUUCAACAUUAUAUUAUGCAGAGUAUAUGAAUACAGGAAUUGGGGCUUCAACACAAAAUAGAGUGAAAUGGCCUGGUUUUCAUGUGCUGAAGGACCACCAAGAGGCCAAUCCCUUUACAGUGAAGAAUUUCAUACAAGGAGACUCAUGGAUUCCAUCUACUGGUGUGCCAUUUUGGGCUGAAAUUUAAAUCUCGAGUUAAUGUUAGAGCAUGUUUGGCUAGCUGCUUCUACCAAAAAAGUCGAUUUUUUCCACAUUAUCACUCUUGUAUGGCAAAAUAAACCACACGUGCCUGUCUGUGUGUAAUAUAACUACUGGUUUGCAAUGGAAAUGUAUCGUGUCUAAUGUCGUCUGUCAA